AUGGCAACUGCUAGAGAAGAAGCAGAGGAGGUGAUGUUUGGAGCUUUUGACAAUCUUUUCAAAUCGACGAAAAUCAAUCCGAAAAACAUCGGGAUUUGGUGGUUAAUUGCAGUCUUUUUCAAUCCAACUCCGUCACUAAGCUCCAUGAUCGUUCACAGAUACAAGCUCCGAGGAAACAUUAAGACAUUUAAUCUGAGCGGGAUGGGUUGCAGUGCCGGUGUGAUCGCCGUUGAUUUAGCAAAGAUGCUACAAGUUCACCGAAAUACGUACGCGGUGGUCGUCAGUACAGAGAAUAUCACCCAAAACUGGUACUUCGGUAAUAAAAAGUCAAUGCUGAUCCCAAACUGUCUUUUCAGAGUCGGUUGCGCCGCCGUGCUUUUAUCAAACAAGUUCCGCCGAUAA